AUGCUGUAUCUAUUUUGCUUCAUCGACCGUACCAACAUUGGCAACGCAAGGCUUGUAGGCUUUGAGAAAGAUCUCGGUCUCAAAGGAUACGACUACAAUGCAGUCCUUUCAUACUUCUACAUCUCAUAUAUCCUGUUCGAAAUUCCUGCCAAUAUGCUGUGUAAAUGGAUGGGACCCGGCUGGUUUCUCCCAAUCUGUACUAUCGGUUUUGGCAUCAGCUCACUCGCCUACGCGUACGUCAAGGACAUCCAUAGUGCUGCGGGAGUCAGGUUUCUCCUUGGGGCCUUUGAGGCUGGUCUUCUUCCAGGUCUGGCAUACUAUCUUUCAAGAUGGUACAGGCGCAGUGAACUCGUGUUCCGACUAUCACUCUACAUCGUCGCGGCACCCCUUGCGGGAGCCUUUGGUGGGCUUUUGGCUUCCGGAAUUUUAAAGAUGACCAGUGUUGCUGGCCUGCGUACUUGGAGAAUGAUCUUUUUUAUUGAAGGCAUUGUCACUAUCGGCGUUGGCAUCAUUGCGCUUUUCACCAUGACAGAUCGGCCAGGCAGCGCGCGUUGGUUGAGCGAAGAAGAGAAGGACCUUGCUAUAUCUCGACUUAAGUCGGAACGAGUCGGAGUUACUGAAGUUCUGGAUAGGAUUGAUAAACCAAAACUCCUCCGUGGAAUGUUCUGUCCGAUAACCCUGGCGACAUCUUGGAUAUUCCUGUUGAUCAACAUCACGGUUCAGGGGCUCUCAAUCUUUGCUCCAACAAUCAUCCGAACAAUCUAUCCAAAACAUACGGUCAUCUCACAACAGCUUCAUACUGUACCACUGUACAUCGCUGGGGCUGUCUUGACUGUUGCGAUAUCAUUUGCAAGUUGGAAAUAUGAUCGCAGAACUCUCUUCAUGCUUAUCAGCGGCCCGCUGAUUGUCAUUGGAUAUGUCAUGUUCCUAGCCACGAACAAUCCUCAAGUUCGAUUUGGAGCAACUUUCUUGAUUGCAGGGGGGGCGUUUCCAUUCGGGGCCCUUUGCAAUGCUCAUGUGUCAGCAAACGUGGUAUCAGACACCGCUCGGUCGUCUGCUAUUGCAACGAAUGUGAUGAUGGGGAAUCUUGGUGGACUCAUCUCCACAUGGUCUUUCUUGCCUAGGGAUGCACCAAAUUUCCCGAUUGGUAAUGGUCUCAACUUAGCCUCCUCAACGCUGGUGGUCAUCACAGCUGCAGCAAUGCUGGUUUGGAUGAAAUUUGACAACAAAAAGAGAGAAAAUGUUGACGUUUCCUCGAAACUAGCAGGGCUCUCUCAGAAACAGAUUCAGGAUAUGGAUUGGCGUCAUCCAGCUUUCAGAUGGAAACUCUGA